GCACAGAUGUUAAGUGAGAAUACCGGUAUUUUUGGCUGGUAGUGUGAAUUAAUGUGACAAAGGGAGCAGUUAAAUUAUGUAUUUUCCCUCCAUUAGCAAAUGAGAGGCUGAAGCGAAACGGCUGGCCGGUACAAGAGCAGGUGGAACUGAGCGGAGCAGUUAGACGAUUUACACGGACUUAUUUACUGGCCUGCGCCCUGUCUGGAAUCGGGCUCUGUACACGUUUCAUCGGCUCGGUUUCGGUGGGCGAACAUGGCUGCGUUUGGUGAAAUGGGCGUGAUGCCUGAAAUUGCUCAGGCCGUUGAGGAGAUGGACUGGCUGCUGCCAACUGACAUUCAGGCUGAGUCUGUUCCACUGAUUCUUGGUGGUGGUGAUGUUCUUAUGGCUGCUGAGACCGGGAGUGGAAAAACUGGAGCGUUUAGCAUCCCGGUGAUCCAGAUCGUGUAUGAGACUCUGAAGGAUCAGCAGGAGGGGAAAAAGGGCCGUGCUACAGUAAAGACAGGGGGAGCAAUAUUUAAUAAAUGGCAGAUGAACCCAUACGACAGAAGCCCAGCAUUUGCUAUCGGUCCUGAUGGCCUUUGCUGCCAGAGCAGAGAGUUUAAGGAAUGGCAUGGCUGUCGCUCCACCAGGGCUGUGACAAAAGGGAAAUAUUAUUACGAAGUCACCUGCCAAGACCAGGGGUUGUGCCGGAUUGGUUGGUCCACUAGCCAGGCUGCAUUAGACUUGGGUACGGACAAGUACGGCUUCGGCUUUGGAGGCACAGGGAAAAAAUCCCAUAAUAAGCAGUUUGACAGUUAUGGAGAGGAGUUCACUAUGCAUGACACUAUUGGAUGCUACUUAGACCUGGAAAAGGGCCAUGUGUCUUUCUCCAAGAAUGGUAACGAUCUGGGCUUGGCUUUUGAGAUUCCCCAGCCCUUGAAAAGCCAGCCAUUCUUUGCGUCCUGUGUGCUCAAGAAUGCAGAACUGAAGUUUAACUUUGGAGCAGAGCCUUUUAAAAAUGCCCCCAAAGAGGGCUUUAAAGCCCUGGACCAAGCACCAGAUGGCCAUGUGGUCAAAACAACCCAAACCGGCAGUGCCACCGUGAGCCAAGUUAAAUCCAGCUCCAGCGCUCCCAAAGCUCUCAUCAUCGAGCCCUCAAAAGAGCUGGCUGAGCAGACCCUGAACAACGUCAACCAGUUUAAGAAAUAUGUGGACAACCCCAAACUACGAGAUUUGCUGAUCAUUGGAGGAGUGGCAGCCAAAGAGCAGCUCUCUAUUUUGGAAAGCGGGGUUGAUAUAGUGGUUGGCACACCUGGCAGACUGGAUGAUCUCAUAUCUACAGGGAAGCUUGAUCUGUCCCAAGUCCGCUUCCUAGUUCUGGAUGAGUGUGAUGGUCUCCUCACAGCUGGGUACACUGACUUCAUCAUGAGGGUCUACAACAAGAUCCCUCAGGUGACCUCCGAUGGAAAGAGACUACAGGUCAUUGUGUGUUCGGCUACACUGCACUCAUUCGAUGUGAAGAAGCUGUCGGAGAAGAUCAUGCACUUUCCCACCUGGGUGGACCUGAAGGGAGAGGACUCUGUCCCAGAGACUGUCCAUCAUGUGGUGGUGCCAGUCAACCCCAAAACUGACCGGCUCUGGGACAGAAUUGGCAAAAACCACAUCAGGACUGAUGAAGUUCAUGCCAAAGAUAACACAAGACCAGGGGCAAACACUCCAGAGAUGUGGUCAGAGGCCAUAAAGAUCCUGAAGGGAGAGUACACAGUGCGGGCCAUCAAGGAGCACAAGAUGGACCAGGCCAUCGUCUUCUGCAGGACAAAGAUUGAUUGUGAUAACAUGGAGCAGUAUUUUAUCCAGCAAGGAGGAGGUCCUGAUAAGAAAGGGCAUCAGUUCUCAUGCGUGUGUCUCCAUGGCGACAGGAAGCCAAAUGAACGUAAAUACAACUUGGACAGGUUCAAGAAACGUGAGGUGCGGUUUUUGAUUUGCACAGAUGUGGCUGCCAGAGGAAUCGACAUCCAUGGUGUACCAUAUGUGAUUAAUGUGACCCUGCCAGAUGAGAAACAGAACUACGUGCAUCGCAUUGGAAGAGUUGGCAGAGCUGAGAGGAUGGGACUAGCCCUCUCCCUGGUUGCCAUGGAAAAGGAAAAGGUGUGGUACCAUGUUUGUCCUAACAGAGGUCGUGGCUGCUAUAACACCCGAUUGAAGGAGGAUGGGGGCUGUACUAUAUGGUACAAUGAAAAAGAGCUCUUGGGUGACAUUGAGGAGCAUCUGAAGUGCACCAUUACUCAGUGUGAGCCGGAUAUGAGCGUGCCUGUGGAUGAAUUCGAUGGCAAGGUCACCUACGGCCAACGUAGAGCUGCAGGAGGUGGUCUCUAUAAGGGACAUGUUGAUGUACUGGCCCCCACUGUACAAGAACUGGCUAAUCUUGAGCGUGAGGCGCAGACCUCUUUCCUGCACUUGGGAUACCUACCCAACCAGCUCUUCAAAGCUUUCUGACCAGCCUUUCUCACAUCAGUGCAGUAAUACUUUAGUAUCUCCAAAGUUCUAAAAGGAAGUCAAUUCAGACACUAAAUUAAGAGCUAUUUUUGUUAAGUUUUGUUAAGAUUUGCUUGCAAGAACAGCAAUCUGGAAUUAAUCAUCUCCCAAAAGUGUUAGUCCUUAAGCAGGACCCUUUUUGUUUUGUGUUGCACCUGAAGUAAAAUGUUAUUGCACAAAGUCA